AUGGCAGCAAACAUUCCGAGUUUCACCCUUAACACCGGCGCUAAGCUCCCCUCUGUGGGCAUGGGUUGUUGGCAAGGUCAGCCAGGUCCGGGCCGCGACAACGAGCUUGUGGAUGCUCUGGUCAGGGCUAUCAAAGUUGGUUAUCGUCACCUCGACACGGCCACCGGAUACCGAAAUGAGGCCGAGGUGGGUCAGGCAGUUCGUCAAUCUGGCGUUGCUCGCUCGGAAAUCUUUGUCACCACCAAACUUCGACCCGGUGGAGUCCACGAUGUCGUCCAAGAGUUGGAAAAUUCGCUCAACGAGCUGGGAAUCGACUACAUUGAUCUUUGGCUGCUGCACUGGCCUCAAGGAUUCACCAAGGACGACGGAGGAUUUGGAACCGGAGAGUCAUUCGGCCUAGAGCAUCAGAAGCAUCUUGGCCCUACAUUUAACGAAACGUGGGCAAAAAUGGAGGAUGUCUUCCUCAACUCGCACAAGGGUAAAGUUAAAGCCAUCGGUGUAAGCAACUUCAGCAUCAAAAAUCUCGAGAUUCUUGCCAAGACGAGCAAAGUGACGCCAGCAGUCAACCAGAUUGAAGCACACCCGUACCUGCCCGAGCACGAACUCGUCAAAUACUGCAAGCACAAGAGCAUCCACGUUACCGCGUACAGCCCGCUUGGACAGUAUAAUGCUUCGAUUCACGAAGAUAAGGAUCUCAACGAAAUCGCCAAGAAACACGAUGUAACUGCUGCUACUGUGGCUCUCAGUUGGGCCGUCCAACGUGGAACGUCGGUGGCUCCUAAGUCAACUAACGAAAAGCGCAUGAAGCAGAAUAUCACCCUUAUCAAGCUCACUGAUGAAGAGAUGAAGCAAGUCGAUGUUAUCUCACAGGAUCCUACGCGCUCGACGAGGCUCAACUACUUUGUCGUCAACAAGGAGACUGGGACAGUGUUGGGUUGGACCAUGGAUGAGAUGGGUUGGGAGGUGGGCUUCCUUGAGGAACCUGGAAAGUCGACCAAGAGGAUUGCCGAGCGCAAGUAA